UAAAGAUUGGAUCAGCAGUCUUGUAUAUUCAACUUUCCUAUUGAUAUUCUCUUGAAUAUCUAGUCUUGUCCUUCAGACGGACUUUGCAUGCAUAUAGAGUGACAGCUACUUUUCACAUGCUCUUUCUGUCUCUAACUGAUUAUAUUACAUAAUGAGAUGCAAACUAUGUAAAGGGUGAGCAAAAGGGGAUUUCAUCCAAAGUUGCAUAGAUCAUCUUUCUUCUUCAUCUCCUUUAUUUUUGCCUAAGGAGAUAGAUAGAAGAAAUGAAUAUUACUCAAGACGAGGAGAACUUUAAUAGCGGUCAGCAGGAAUCGAUGGCAGAGCCACUUAUCAUGCAAAGGAAGGUUUCAAUUCAUGUAGAAGCUCAUCUGUUGGAAAAUAAUAAUAGUGGAGGCUCUAUGUUUAUGGUUUUGCUUAGCACUUUUGUUGCUGUUUGUGGGUCUUUCGCAUUCGGAACUUGUAUUGGGUUUUCUGCACCUACCCAGUCUGGAAUCACAAGUGAUCUUGGUUUGUCGUUAUCCGAGUAUUCAGUGUUUGGAUCAAUAGCAACUAUUGGUGCCAUGGUGGGUGCGAUAACAAGUGGUAAAAUUACCGACUCCAUUGGCCGAAAAGGGGCAAUGAGGGUGUCGGCUGUUUUCUGCAUUGAAGGAUGGUUAGCUAUCUACUUCUCCAAGGGGGUUGUAUCACUUUACAUUGGAAGAGUGUGCUCAGGUUAUGGCAUGGGUCUCCUCUCUUAUGUGGUACCCGUGUUCAUAGCUGAAAUCGCACCGAAGCAUCUUAGAGGAGGCCUUGCCACUUUGAAUCAGCUCAUGAUUGUUACCGGAGUAUCGUUUACGUUCAUUAUAGGAACAGUUGUGUCAUGGAGAACACUAGCAUUGAUUGGAAUUUUUCCAUGCUUUGUUCUACUUUUUGGUCUAUUUCUCAUCCCAGAGUCUCCUAGAUGGCUGGCAAAAGUCGGACAACAAAAAGAGUUUCAAUUGGCAUUACGCAAACUCCGUGGUAAAGAUGCUGAUAUUUCCCAGGAAGUCGAAGACAUUCAAGACUACCUACAAACUCUUCAACACCUUCCGAAGUCCCAAAUGCUUGAUUUGUUUCAGAAGAGAUACUUGGUUUCUGUCACUGUUGGUGUUGGUUUGAUGGUGUUUCAACAAUUUGGAGGAAUCAAUGGAGUCUCAUUUUACCUAAGCCACAUAUUCGAGUCUGCAGGAUAUCCAUCUGCAAUGGGUACAGUUAUCUAUGCCUGUAUUCAGAUUCCAAUAACAGGAUUAGGAGCAACUUUAAUGGAUCGAGCUGGAAGAAGGCCUCUUCUGUUUGUCUCUGCAUCUGGAUUGAUCAUCGGCUGUCUCUUAGUUGCAACUUCUUUCUACAUGAAGGCUCAUGAAUUGUCCCUUGAGUGGGUACCUGCACUCACUCUCACUGGCAUACUUAUGUAUGUUGGUUCGUUUUCCGUGGGGAUGGGUGCAGUUCCUUGGGUUAUAAUGUCAGAGGUAUUCCCCUUAAAUGUGAAGGGAACAGCAGGAAGUUUUGUUACGCUGGUGAACUGGUUUGGGUCAUGGGUGAUUUCUUUUACAUUCAACUUCCUCAUGAGCUGGAGCUCUUAUGGUACAUUUCUACUCUACGCGACGGUUAAUCUAUUAGCAAUUUUAUUUGUUGCAAAGAUAGUACCAGAAACAAAAGGCCGAACUCUAGAAGAAAUUCAAGCUUCCAUGAACUGAUUGUAGAAGGGGAAAUGAAUGGUGGUCUUAAAACCAUUGUUUGAGAAAGUAGUCAUUCCAAAAAAAUUUCUUCUUAUCCUAUUUCUGUUUUUAAAUUAAAAUCGAGAAAAGAAAGAAGAGAGUGUAGUAGCAUUAAAUUUUCAGGUAACAUUUUUGAAUAUCAAAACCAAACCUUCUGUGUUGGCCUAUAUUUCUAACUGUAGCCCUGUGAUGCCAAUUCUUAUGUAGCAGCACUAUAACCAUUUUGUGCGUUGU